AUGGAUAAUUACGAUAAAUCUACUGGAAUUCAUUUUGAAGAAGUACCUACAGUAAAAGAAGAACUGAUCGAUGAUAAAUCUCCGCAAGAUAUCCUUAUACCAUCGAUACAGACUUCCAGUAACACUAUAACAGACAUACGUAAAUCAUGUUCCGAACUGAAGAUCAAACCAUUAUGUGUGUCAUUAGAAGACUGUAGUGAAAGAUUAGAUAGGAGUCCUUGUUACUGCAAACAGUGUAUGAUAUUGUUCCGGACGAGAAAUGCUUUACGCGCUCACAAGAUGAGUUCGCACUCGUCCCUUGUCGCGGAACAAGAUCAAGAAGCUUCCAUCGAUGGGAAAAGCCCAGUGCCUUUGAAUAAUACGUUGCCUAAUGAAGACCGGAGUUCGGAAAGUCUCCCGAUCCCCAAAAGCGUUCUCUUCAAAUGUAAUAAAUGCCAUAAACAUUUUGUGUUUUGCAUAAAUCUAAUCAGGCACAGUCGACACGCUAACUACGGGAACUGUGCCAAAAUCGGCUCGUGGCAAUGCGCAGUUUGCAAUCGCAGAUUCAAAAGACAAUCUAAUGUGGUGCGUUGGUUACACGAGUUACAACAUCAACACACUACUGAAUUCAUAGUCUACGAACUGUACCCAAAUAUGUAUCCGCAGGUGCUUUACGAAGAGCAAGUCUUCUACAAACACUACAAGUUAGGUUGUAGUCCCACCAUGAGCGUGGAAUAUCGUUCUAUAUGUGAACUCGACGAGGAUACUGACCUCCCAGAAUUUCCAGAAUCCGAUCCUUCGACUUUAAAAGAGAUGCCUGAAACGCAAAAUAUAGAAACCGGAAAGGUUCCAUUCUACUACUGCAGAGUUUGCAAUUAG